AUGGUGGUGCAACGUCGACCCAUGGACGUAGAGGCCGAGGUGCCUACAGCCGUGUACGCGUUGGACCUGCAGCGCGUGAGCCAGUUGCUAUGCAUCCCGGAGACGGAGCUUCUCUCGGGAUUUCAGGCAGACCCUACGCGUUCGGAGAUUCAGGGCGUCAUCGUCGAUGCCGGUGAGAACGUCCCGUUCGAAACCGCUCCAAGCUCUCGUCCUCCUCGCUCCAGUGCGUUGCCUCCACUGCCCCCUGGACGCCCCUCAGCUGUUCGUGCUUCAGCUCCACUGGCAAUAACCCCCACCUCGCGACGUCCUGCAGUUCGUCAAGUGCUGCUCACUGCUGCUGUGCGGCCCAGCAGUCUAGACGAGAACCAGCGCCCCAAGUGCCUCAUUCAAUUAGGCCAACAGACUAUCAUCAGCCAUAUCCUCACACAACUUUAUGCUGCUGGAGUGGAGCGAGUGGUGGUGUCGGUAGCUGCAGCGGGAGCGCAAAUCGUGGCCGCAGUCAAGCAGACGCCAUUCUACACCAAGAUGAAGAUCGAGUUCCUGGAUUUAGGACGGAAGAAUGACGACGGACACGCUCGCUCCAUUCUCGCAGCGAGGACCAUGUUCCCCGGCCCAGAACCGUUCUUGAUCCAUACAGCUGAUCACAUUUUUGACAAAUCAGUGGUGUCCAAGCUGUCUGCGUAUCCUCUUGGAGGCGCAGUCGCGUGUGUGUUGGUGGAGACGGAGAUCAAAGAGUUAACGGGUUUGCCACCAACUACAGUCAAGGUGAAGAUCAACGAAGACCACCAACACGUGACCCACAUCGGUCGUGAUCUGACAGUCUACGAUGGUAUCGAUGCUGGUCUGUUCUUGAGCUCGCCGGACAUUUUUGACGCUUUGGAUGCGCUCGCUAGCGAGAAAAGCUACUUUUCUCUCGCUGAAGCCUUGGAUAGUUUCACAAUCAAGUCAACAUCGUCGAGUUCCAGUCGUCUGACGUACAUCCCGACGGCUGGAGAAACGUGGUUCAGUAUUGAAACGGAGGAGCAACUGGCCUACACACAAGACACUGAUGGAACGGCGAAGUUAUCUCCUUGGACGGUCUUCUUGGCGUCGACACCUAUCGGAGACCCAUCGCUGACGAAGAAUGUGGUCAUCGGAGUGUCAGCGCCUGACCCAGAUAUGUCGCUUCGUGUUGCUGGUAAUACCGACAGCGUCAAGCUUUUCCAAGGUUUCGUUGUGGGCGUAGGCAACUCAGAUUAUCCGGAGGAUGGAGAUGAAGGGGUCGAUGUGGGUAAAGAGAGGCUAAGUCCCAGUGGUCUCAACGAUUCUGAGUCUCGACCGCUGUUAUCGUACAGUGCGCGGUCGAAGGGACUAUGGUCAAGUCGCUCUGCGAGAUCUCCGUUCUCGGCACGGUCCUUUAUGGAUAGCAACGGCUCUGCGUUCGAAAAUGAUGAGCUGUCGCCAUUCGUACUCUCGUUCCCUAUGGAUGACGAGACUUCCAAGACGAUUGAGGAGGUUAACUCUAAGCACCACGCGUACCUGAUUGAAAUGACUCCGGGUGAUCCGUCUGGUGUGUUACCGCCUGGCUCUGGUAUGUCAGAGUACUUACUGGCUGUGCCAGGCAAACAUGAGCUGGAUUAUGAAGAGGAUGAGGCUUCUAUUUCGGCAAGUUUGGUGACUCCACGAGCAACACUGACACCACUGCACAAGGCUACAAUUCUACCGUCCGAUAUCACACAGAUUCAGCUGAACACACGCGGGUUCGAGGAUAAUCUUGAAGUUACUGUCGUGGUGAAGCGCAAGGCUCCGAUCAUCGGCUACAUGCUGCUCAUGUCGUCGCUCUUCACAAUCUCGUCGGUGGGUGUUGCGUUGGAUGAAAUGGACGACGUGGUAACACCGGAGAUUCGCAUCUUCUGGCGAAACAUGGCCACGUCGAUGGUCACAUUUCCCUUCGCGCUGACAAUUCUUCUGCGUGGUAAAGACGAACCGCAUGGCUCUAACUGGAAGGAGCUGGUUCCUUCUGUCCUCGUGGCUGGAGUGGCGUACGCAUACUUUGUGGGAUCGUUUGUUGUGGCUUUGUCCAUGACUUCGGUGGGUCAUGCAACACUGUUUAACAACGCACACUCGGUGCUGCUUGUGUUCUGGAAGAUCAUGCAGCGAAAGCCUGUAGCUGCGCUCGAAGCUUUGGGUGCUGCCAUUGGUGUUGUUGGUGGCGGCAUCACCACUAUGGAUACGACUGACGGAGGUCCUAACAUUGUAUCUGCGACCGCGGCUGGAGAUCUCGUGGCUCUUUCUGGUGCUGCUGGUGGAGCGAUUUACUUCACGUUGGCUAAGAAGGUGCGACCACACAUGCACCUGCUGGUGUUUCUAUGUGGUCUUACGGCCACAUCAGCCAUGACGUUGCUUUGUUACAUGCUGGCUUCGGGCCAAGAGCUCAGUCUGUCUACUGAUCCUUACGAUGGAGUGUUUGGAUGGCUGACCCCGUCCGUCAACCGACUACUGGUGGUUCUGUACCUCGUCUUCAUUUGCGAUUGUAUCGGCACAAUGGGCUACAUUGGUGUGAUGAAAUACUUCGAUCCGAUCGUCGUAUCAAUUGUGUGUCUGAUGGAGCCCAUCGUAGCCACAGCACAAGGUAUCGUCAUGGGCGUGGAUGUCGUGCCUGGGCCUUUCACUUUUAUUGGAGCUGCUCUCGUCAUCGGUGGCACGUGCCUUGUGCUCUCCUCACAAAGUCGCAAGACAGAGAAGGUGGACGCCACAGAAGCUGUUCUAGCUUCAGAUGCUACUCCACGCGCCGUAUACAGUACGCGCUCGCGAAAGAGAACACCGCGAUAUGGCAGCACACCCCAUUAG